AUGCUGGUUCUACGAGAGUCAGACGUGGCGCCGAUGCUGCAGCAGCUGACGCUGGAGGAGUGUCACCGUCUGCUGCAGGCACUCUGGCGCAGUCUGGCAGCAUACUCGGCCAGCAACGCGGCGGCCAGUGGUGGCAGCGAGGCCGGAAGCGUCCACCAGCCAAUGCGGGAGUCGAUACGGACGGCAGAUGGCAGCACGACGCUGUUCAUGCCAGCGUCUGACACGACGACAACGACGGGCAUCAAAGUGGUCACUCUGCCUGGCGCCGGAGGACCCCCCGCAGGAGCCAUCGCCCUGUUCUCCCCCAAGAGCGGGCAGCUGGAGGGCAUCCUCAACGCCGAGAUGAUCACCGCGUUUCGCACUGCACUCGCUUCCAUGAUCCCGUUUCAUCUUUUCCAGCUGCCCCAGACCCAAGGUCAGGACGGGCGGGGAAAUAGGCUGCUCGUUUUUGGCGCCGGCAAGCAGGCGGAGUGGCAUAUCCGUCUGGGACUGCUGCUUGCUCCCAGCAUUGCCUCCGUCACCGUUGUCAACAGAGGCCGUGGGGGGCUCGACAGGCUGCGAGCCAGUCUGGGAGACGUUGCUGCUGCCCGUUCAGACGUUUCUUUUGUCUAUAUCUCCCGGGAAGAAGAAGAAGAAGAAGAAGCAAAGUACGAGGGCCGGCUACGUGCUGCCGUCUCAGAAGCCGAUGCCAUUUUCUGCUGUACUCCAUCCACCGAGCCGCUCUUCCCUUACUCUUAUCUCCUUCGUCAGCACGCCGGCGGCGAAGGAGAGGACUCUCAGGAGAGGAAGAGACGGUUCGUCUCCAUGAUAGGCUCGUUCCGCCCGCACAUGCAUGAAGUUGACACGGACACGUUGCUCUCGGGCCAGACGCUCCUCGUUGACUCCAGGCAAGCCUGUCUCGCUGAGGCAGGCGAACUGAUCACUGCAGGGGUGCGGCCUGAGCAGCUUACCGAGAUUGGCGAGCUCUCCCCUGCCUCCUCCCUCUUUGCUUCUUCAUCCUCCUCGAACGUUGUUUUCAAGUGUGUCGGCAUGGGGAUCAUGGAUCUCGCGGUUGGGAGGGAGCUUCUGUGCCUCGCCAGUGAGAGGGGGAUUGGCGUCCCCAUCCAAGGCUUCUAA